AUGGCUACAUGGGCAUCUUUCCCAGUGCUGUGCCUGGAGAUUAGAAAUGGCUUCAAGAUUCAACGAGUCUCGGGGGGAACAAACAGCCUGAUGGCAGCAUUCUCUCCUGCAAAGUACUUCCUGUGCAUCACUGAGAAUGAGUGGCGCAUUGCUGUGCGCAGUUCACCAUGUUGCACAUUCAGCCAGCACUGGGGCUCGUUGAAAACAAACCAUGGCACCACCAUGGCAUAUCAAGCUGGAUGCUGGUGCGAAUGGCGCACGGGCCUGCCCAGGCAUCGCUCCCUUUUCCAGGCAAAGUGCCCUCAAGAGUUUUCUACACAUGCAUUGACUGCUUGCUGGCGGAGACUGCCCUCUGCGAGGUCCCUGCGCACGUCCCUGGGCAGCAUGGGCGCUGCACUAGGGUGA